GGAGGGGAAGGCCCUGUUACACAGCGGCUCGUUCAACUGCCGGUUAAUGAGUAAUGGUCGUCAACGCCUCACAUCCUCCAGCAGAGAGAUUGUAUCGAUUUCUCACGUCGGGCUGACCACUGGGGAAUAAAAAGUCCGUCAGUCUCACGUUGUUGCACUGGGAGAUUUUUUUUUGCCACGUGUUGAAAAGGUAUAUUUUCAUCAUGAAGCUGCUUCUGAAGGAAAUGCAGUUCUGCCAAUUUCAUUGUGGAACUACAAGCUGAAAAGGAUCUCUUAUAACCCAAAUCUUAACGUUUUGCAAACAAAAACUACAGAGCCUGCCUUUAUUAUUUUGAGUGGGGGAGGAGAACAAACAUUUUAUAGACUUGUUAAUAGUUGAAACCAGAAAACAAGGUGAAACGUUAUGAUAUCUGGAAGAUUGUGAAUUCGCUAUGUCUAACUCUAUGGAACAGAAAGAGCUGGGUCCCCUUUACCAUGCCAAUGGAAAUGCCUAUCCGGUCGUUGGCAGCCCUGAUGAAUUUGCCAUUUCUGUAACUCCUAAUUCCUCCAAGGAACUGGUGGAAACCUCAGACUAUUUAACAGAAGAGAGAGAACAGGGUGAAAGGGUAGAGACUGUAGUGAGAGACUCUUGUGCCAAUGCCAAAGGUUUAAGGGAAGAAGAUGCCCUUCUGGAGAAUGGCAGCCAGAGUAUUGACAGCGAUGAUAUCAGCACUGACCCACCUCGGGGUCACGACACCCUUAAAGAGACUUCUUUCUCUAUAGGACUGCAGGUUGUGUUCCCUUUCCUGCUGGCAGGCUUUGGGACAGUGGCAGCUGGAAUGGUCUUGGAUAUUGUACAGCACUGGAGUGUGUUUAAAGAGGUGACAGAAGUUUUCAUUCUUGUCCCUGCUUUGCUUGGUCUGAAGGGCAACUUGGAAAUGACCCUUGCCUCCAGACUCUCCACUGCGGCCAACAUUGGUCAGAUGGAUUCAGCUGCAGAGCAGUGGAAGAUGAUUACAGGAAAUCUGGCACUAAUUCAGGUCCAGGCCACUGUGGUUGGUUUUCUGGCAUCUGUGGCUGCGGUGGUGUUUGGUUGGAUCCCUGAGGGUCACUUCCGACUUGAUCAUGCUGUCCUCCUGUGUGCCAGCAGCAUGGCAACAGCGUUUAUAGCUUCCCUCAUAUUGGGGGUAAUCAUGGUCGGUGUAAUUAUUGGCUCAAGGAAGAUUGGUAUAAACCCUGAUAAUGUGGCCACUCCCAUUGCUGCUAGUCUUGGGGACCUCAUCACCUUGGCACUGCUCUCUGGAAUCAGCUGGGGUCUCUACAUACAGCUACAAGAACAUCCUUACAUCAACCCACUAGUGUGUGCUUUCUUUGUGGCUUUGACACCUCUGUGGAUCAUCAUAUCAAAGAAGAACCCAGCCACACGAGAGGUCUUAUACUCUGGUUGGGAGCCUGUUAUUAUCGCUAUGACAAUUAGCAGUGUUGGUGGACUGAUUUUGGAUAAAACAGUAUCUGAUCCAAAUUUUGCAGGGAUCGCUGUUUUCACUCCAGUUAUCAACGGUGUUGGUGGCAACUUGGUGGCAGUGCAAGCCAGCAGAAUUUCUACCUUCCUCCACCUCUCCAGUCUGCCUGGCGUGGCACCAGAAAACAUGCACAAAACCUGCCCGAGUCCUUGUCGCACUUUCUGCAGUUCAGAUUUGAAUUCAAGAUCCGCUCGGGUCUUGUUCCUUCUAGUUGUCCCUGGACACCUUGUCUUUCUAUACACUAUUAAUUCAAUGCAGGGGGGACACACAACAUUAACGCCAAUAUUUAUAGCGUUCUACAUGAUGGCUGCUUUAUUGCAAGUGCUAAUUCUGCUCUAUGUUGCUGAUUGGAUGAUUCAUUGGAUGUGGGGACGAGGAAUGGAUCCAGACAACUUCUCAAUUCCUUACUUGACGGCUUUGGGUGACCUGUUGGGAACAGGGUUCCUGGCACUCAGCUUCCACAUUCUCUGGCUGAUCGGUGAUCGAGAUGCAGAUGUCGGUGACUAGAAUGAAGGUUCCUUAUAAGACGGGGAGUAAAAUCAUCAAGUGCAAUUCAAUGAAGGAGACUUUAAUGAGAUUUUAUGCAAUGGAGACUGUAUAUGUGCAGCCCAUGUGCAGCAACCAAUGGAGAUACCUGUAUACACCUAUAAAUACUACUUAAUUAGGAGAUAUCAAGUUGGAAUCCCACCUGUGUGUUAACUGGAUUCUGCAGCAGAGCAACAUAUGGUAAACUGGAUACUAACUUCAGAACUGAAAGCUGCUAAUUCGAAAUGAAGGUGGUUAAUUUGUUUUUGUACUCUGAGAUGCAAACUGUUAAUUAGACACUGAGAAGUAUAUCCUUAAAUGCAAAGAACAAUCUUCCUGAGACAUCCUGUUUUCUCAGUUGGUCAUCCAUGAAGGGGUUUUCUGGAAUAACAGGGUGGGAUGUAUAUUUUACACUUUUUUAAAAAAGGAAUAAUUAUGAAUUCAUUGAGCAUGAUCAAUGUCGCGGGUGCAUUGUGCAACUGUACUUCAUCUACAUUGCUGGAUGUGGAAGAAGUCUAUAAUGU